AUGGCGAACACCGGGGUGCUGCCGUUCGUACGAGGCGUGGACUUUAGCAGCAAUGACUUUGGCGAUGGCAAAUUUCCUGAAUCCGUGCGUCUUAUGACUGGAAUACAAUGGCUAAAAUUAGACAAAACAAACUUGACGGAGAUCCCAGAGGAGAUGGGCAAAUUGUUGAAACUGGAACAUCUAUCACUUGUCAAAAACAAAUUGGAACGCUUAUAUGGAGAAUUGACAGAAUUAGGCUGUCUCAGGACUCUGAACAUAAGGCAUAAUAAUAUUAAAUCCAGUGGUAUCCCGGCAGAAUUAUUUCAUUUAGAGGAAUUGACAACCUUAGAUUUAAGUCACAACAAUUUGAAGGAGGUACCUGAAGGCCUAGAAAGAGCACGUUCCUUGCUCAAUCUUAAUUUAAGCCAUAAUCAUAUCGAAACGAUACCAAAUACAUUGUUCAUUCAUUUGACAGAUUUAUUAUUUUUGGAUCUUAGUCACAAUAAACUGGAAACAGUGCCACCACAGACUCGACGUUUGGCUAAUUUACAGACUUUAAACCUGAAUCAUAACCCCUUAGGUCAUUUUCAAUUAAGACAAUUGCCAUCAUUAAUGAAUUUAAUGACGUUACAAAUGCGGGACACACAACGAACAUUGAAUAAUAUACCUUCUAGUCUAGAAACUUUAACUAAUUUGCAAGAGUUAGAUUUGUCACAAAAUAAUUUACCCCGAGUGCCUGAUGCGCUUUAUUCCUUGUCGAAUUUGCGCCGUUUAAAUUUGAGUGACAAUCAUAUAAUGGAAUUGUCAACAGCGAUUGAACUGUGGACGAGAUUGGAGACUCUGAACGUAUCGCGAAACAAAUUAAGUGCAAUACCAGCUGCUUUGUGCAAGAUUUUCACAUUAAGAAGAUUGUAUUUAAAUGAUAAUGAAUUAGAUUUUGAGGGCAUACCUUCUGGAAUAGGAAAAUUAUCAUCUUUGCAGGUUUUUUCUGCUGCUAACAAUCAUUUAGAAAUGAUACCAGAAGGAUUAUGCAGAUGUGGCUCAUUAAAGCAAUUAAUAUUAACGUCAAACCGAUUGAUUACUGUACCGGAUGCCAUUCAUCUUCUCACUGAUCUAGAACAGUUAGAUUUGCGAGACAAUCCGAAUUUAGUGAUGCCACCAAAACCGACAGAAGUACAAAGGGGAUCGGGAAUUGAAUUUUACAACAUUGAUUUCUCAUUGCAGCAUCAGUUGCGUCUUGCUGGUGCUAAUGUACCAGCUCCAGUUCAAACUGCUAAUAGUAAAGAUCCAAUCGCGCGUAAAAUGAGAUUGAGAAGAAGAAGAGACCAGGAGGAAGCUGAUCAAGAUCAAGCAAAAAUUCUUAAGGGUAUGAAGGACAUAGCGAAAGAGAAGAACAAGGAUAAGGAAUGCGAGGAAUCAAAAGCAGAAUCCCUGAAACCCAAGCGAUGGGAUGAAGCUUUAGAGAAACCACCGUUGGAUUAUUCCGAAUUUUUUGACGAAGACGCAGGUCAAAUACCCGGUUUAUCGAUCUGGGAGAUAGAGAACUUUCUGCCGAAUGAGAUCGAGGAGGUAGCGCACGGCAAGUUUUAUGAAGGCGAUUGUUACAUCAUCCUGAAAACUGGGGUAGACGAAGGUGGAUCAUUGACCUGGGCGAUCUAUUUCUGGAUUGGAGAAAAGGCGACAUUAGAUAAAAGAGCGUGUGCAGCGAUUCACGCCGUAAAUCUGAGAAACUACUUAGGCGCUCAAUGUCGAACGAUUAGGGAAGAACAAGGGGAUGAAUCGGAUGAAUUUCUGAUGCUGUUUGAUUCGGGCAUCACUUAUAUCGAAGGCGGUCGCACAUCGUCUGGUUUUUACACAGUGGAAGAUACACCAGCGAUUACUCGUUUAUAUAGAGUACACGCAGCGGGAGCUUCUAUACAUUUAGAACCAGUUCCAGUAUAUAUCGAAUCUUUGGAUCCCGGUUAUGUAUUUGUUCUUGAUACUGGAAAUAAGAUAUUCAUGUGGUACGGGAAGAAAGCGAAGAGCACGUUAAAAUCAAAGGCGCGACUGAUGGCAGAGAAAAUUAAUAAGAACGAACGGAAAAAUAAAGCCGAGAUUCUAACGGACGUCAUGGGUGCCGAGUCCGAGGAGUUCCUGCUGCAUUUAGGAGUGGAAGAGUACGAACAGAAAAAUCUGCAAAUUGUUGAACAUGUAGAUCCAAAUUUUGUGCCUCUCGUGCCCAGAUUAUAUCAAGUUCAACUCGGAAUGGGUUAUCUGGAACUUCCGCAGGUCGAAGUUCCUCACGGAAAGUUAACGAAUACUUUGCUAAAUAAUCGCAAUGUGUAUAUAUUAGAUUGCUAUUUAGAUGUAUAUGUUUGGUUUGGUAAAAAAUCAACGAGAUUAGUACGCGCCGCUGCUGUGAAACUAUCUCAAGAAUUAUUUAAUAUGAUAGAAAGGCCAGAAUAUGCGAUGGUAACGAGAUUGCAAGAAGGUACUGAAUCACAGAUCUUUAAGUCUAAAUUUACCGGAUGGGACGAAGUGAUCGCAGUGGACUUCACUAGAACGGCUGAAUCGGUCGCUAAAACUGGAGCGGAUCUCACUAAAUGGGCUAAGCAACAGGAAACAAAGGCGGAUUUGGCCGCUUUAUUCAUGCCACGACAACCAUUGAUGUCGGCUGCCGAAGCAUAUCAACUCAUGGCGGAAUGGAAUGAUGAUUUGGAGGGAAUGGAAGCAUUAGUGUUAGAAGGAAAAAAAUUUGUACGCCUACCGGAGGAAGAAUUAGGACAUUUUUACAGUGCAGAUUGUUAUGUUUUCUUAUGCCGAUAUUGGAUGCCAAUAGAUAUAACGGAAAACGAAGACGGUGAGGAGCAAUACGAAGACGAUUAUCAGUGCACGGUGUAUUUCUGGCAAGGCAGAGACGCGGGAAAUAUGGGAUGGUUGACAUUUACAUUUAGCCUGCAAAAGAAAUUUAAAUCAUUGUUCGGGGAAAACCUGGAGGUUGUUAGGACACAUCAACAGCAAGAAAAUCUCAAGUUUAUGAGUUACUUCAAACGAAAGUUCAUCAUUCAUCAAGGCAAACGUAAACAGCCGAAAGCUGCAGGUAGUAACAAAGUAGAGUUCUAUCAUCUGCGAAGUAAUGGUAGUGCCUUAUGUACUCGGCUCAUUCAAAUACCGGCGGAUUCAACGUUAUUGAAUCCUGUUUUCUGUUAUCUUUUAAAUGUGCCAUUUAACAAUUCUGACGAAGGAACUGGUAUUGUGUACGCGUGGAUUGGAUCGAGAGCUGAUCCCGAAGACGCUCGUCUAAUCGGAGAAAUAGCAGAGGAAAUGUUCAACAAUCCAUGGAUAAGCCUGCAAGUAUUAAACGAAGGCGAGGAACCAGACAAUUUUUUCUGGGUAGCGCUUGGGGGGAAGAAACCAUACGACACUGAUGCAGAGUUUAUGAAUUACACAAGAUUAUUUAGAUGUUCCAAUGAGAAGGGGUACUUUACAAUCAGCGAGAAGUGCACCGAUUUUUGUCAAGACGAUUUGGCAGAUGAUGAUAUAAUGAUACUCGAUAAUGGAGAACAAGUAUUUCUUUGGCUGGGUACUCGCUGUUCAGAAGUUGAAAUUAAACUGGCCUAUAAGUCAGCUCAGGUAUACAUUCAACACUUGCGUGUAAAGCAACCUGACAAAUCCCGUAAGUUAUUUUUAACUGCCAAAGGUAAAGAAUCUAGAAGAUUUACAAAAUGCUUUCAUGGCUGGGGUUUACACAAGAGGCCGCCGCAGUAAAAUCGAGUCAGUGUUAA